GGGCAGAAUGCAGGCGGGGCCGGGCAAAUUUUGCGGCACGCUACGGCACAAUCUGCCGGCGCGCAUGUCGGAUAGAAUUGUCGAACCUCUGUAUGUGCAGCUAGAGCUAGGCUACUGCUAGAGCUUUGGCUGCUAGAACCUUGAAGACUGUCGGCAAGAGAGCAGCUUGUACACUUGAGGUCAUCAAGCGACAUACGUCGCAUGGAAGAGCAACAGGCGCACACUAGAUGAGUCGAGGAUCUUCUUUGCCCUUCGAGGCCGACAUGAAUGAGCGUACGCCAAUUCCGCCGUUUUUACACAGAGACAGCUCGAGCCUCAGUGCAGUCUUUGCCGGCGGCCCUCGAGGGGCGCCUUCAGACCUUGGGUCUUCCUUUUCAGACUAUUCAGAGGUCACCCUCUUGUACGCCGCGAAUCAUCUAUACGGAAUACGAGCACGGCAUAAGCUGCGCGACGUUAGGGUCUUCAUCAAAGCAGUCUUGCAUCUGCAUCAUCUAGACGCAGUAACGCGGAUCAGACAUGAAUGGUACUGUCAAACACUCAUCAGUGAUUUGCCUAAUGUCGGCAAACCACACGCAAUGGAGCCCUGUAAUAAUGGACAUGGUCUCAUGCUAGUCUUUUUUGACGGCGGCGAACAAUUCUCUUACGAAUACUUUGAGCGGGACAUCGCUCAAGUGGACAUGCUGACUGCCAAUUUGUCCGCACACGAGCCCAGACCUCUUGACGUGGGGACGUUUCUAUCUUUUGCCAUCGACAUUGCGACCAUCCUGAGUAGUUUGCACGCAAAGGGUAUCACACAUGGGAACAUAUCGCCCUUCAGCUUGGGCGUGGACCUGGAACACACUGGCAUGAUCUAUGACAUGACUUGCUCUUCGCAGCUUGAGCACGAGGACACCUCUCACGGACACAUCACGGCUCAACACUUGCCCUUCAUCUCGCCGGAAGCUUCUGGUCGCAUCAAUCGAUCCACAGAUUAUCGCAGCGACUUUUACUCACUCGGAGCAACAUUCUACUUUCUGCUGACCGCACGAUGCCCAUUCAUGUCUGAAAAUGCACCGGAGCUCAUCUAUAAACACAUUGCGCAACUUGCAAUCGAGCCACACAUCAUCAGCGGGAGUAUUCCACCCGUCAUCUCCGCCAUUGUCAUGAAGUUACUGGCGAAGACGCCAGAGGACCGAUACCAGACUGCAGCGGGGCUACUCAGCGAUCUUGUCAUGCUGAAGGAUUGGAAUCACUCAGAUCUUAUGACUACAGAUUUUGUGCUUGGUCAUGCAGAUUCAGCAUCGCAGUUCACCAUUCCUCAAAGACUUUUUGGCAGAGAUGCAGAUGUUCAACGACUUCUCAGUUGCUUUGAAGCAGUCAAAGAAGGAGGAGCCAAUGUAGUUAUCGUCAAAGGCCACUCAGGUACCGGUAAAAGUUCACUUGUCAACGAGAUUCACCGGCCAGUCAUGAAGGCAAGUUCCUUCUAUGCAUCUGGAAAGUUCGAUCAAUAUAAGCGCGGUUUGCCAUUCUUUUGCCUACUACAGGUAGCAUCUGAGCUUGUGCGUCAAGUAAUUGCUCAGCCAGAGGGACAGCUCGAGUCUUGGAAAGCACUGAUCAUGGAAGCACUUGGUCUAGAUGCUCUUUCCAUGUUUGAGGUCCUCCCAGAGCUCUAUUCCCUAUUCGGCCGGGAAGUAAGGCUUCCUGAUCUAGCAGAUCUUGGUCCUGCCGGAAGAGAACAACGGUUCAUCGGCGUCUUCUUGCGUUUCCUCUUGGUCUUCGGCCGGAGAGGCAGUCCACUUGUACUCUUCCUUGAUGAUGUCCAGUGGAGUUCGUCAAACGAGUUGAAUCUACUUGCGCAAAUCGCCAUUGCAGCUACGACGGACCAACAACAUAGCCUGUCCCUCUUCAUCGCGUACCGUGACAACGAGGUUCUCGAGGGCCAUCACGCAUUGCAGAUGCUCCAAACGAUUGAGGCCGAAAAGGUUCCGAUUUUCGUGCUGGAAAUUGGCAACAUGUCGUACGCUGCUGUGCGCGAAAUGGUUUCUGCAACCUUGAAGCUGCCAGUAGACACAGACAACCCAGAGCUUGAGACCUUGGUCAAGUUGGUGGUUGCACAGACUGAUGGUAACGCAUUUUUUGUUGGACAGCUCCUGAAAGACUUGCAUGCUCGCGGACGUCUCUUUUUCGAUUUUGAUACCAAGCAAUGGCGCUUCCAUUUGGGCGCUAUAAUGCAAGAAGAAUUGCCAGUCAAUGUGGUCGACUUGCUCGUAAGGCAAAUUCGGAAUCUAGGAACGCGAACGACGCGCAUCCUGCAGCUGGCGGCAAGUAUUGGUUCAAAUCGCUUCUCAUUACUACUUUUGUCUGUCGUCUCUCGACAACGCGUGGCGGAGACAUCAAAGGACUUGUGGGACGCUUUGCAAGCUGGACUCGUUGUGCCCGUCAAUAGCAUGUACAAGCGUCCGUUAGCUCUUGCCGACUUUGGCGGAGAAGCAGCAGACUCGGACGACUCAAUGGAUGCUGUCUUUCGCUUCUUGCAUGAUCGUGUGCAACAAGCGGCAUAUCAGCUCUUGCCAGACGCUGACCGGCCACAGACCCAUUUGGACAUUGGCAUGCGCUUGCACGAACACUUUUCCGCAAAAGAUGAUGUGGAUGCAAACAUUUUCGAAAUCGUCAAUCAAAUCAAUCGUGGGCUUUCUGUCCUGCAAGAAGAGCAGAAAACGUUUGUCAUUGAGCUCAACAUGCGUGCUGGACAGCGAGCACUCCACUCGACUGCAUUUGAAGCUGCUCUUGCCUAUCUCGAAAUUUGUAAAAAGCUUGUUCCGUUGUCAUGGUGGGAGGAUAAUACAGCACAGAUGCUCAAUAUUCAGCUUGCAUACGUGGAUGCCAUGUACGCUUCACAUGACUACGAGCGUGCGGUAGAAGCUCUUCGAGAUAUCUCCACAAAGGUGCAUGGCAAUAGCCGACGCGCGCGUAUCCUUCAUCGUCUGGUCAAUGUCUAUAUGGGCCUGGACCAACUGCAACCUGCAAUCGACGUCGGAGUUGAAGCACUACAGCUUCUGGGUGUUCAUGUUCCCAUGUCGGGUGCAAAGGCCUCUGCCAUGCUGAAGGAAAUGUCGCCGAGGCUCGACUUGUCUCUUGAAAAAAUUGACAAAAUCGCAGACAUGCCAGAAUGCACGCAACCGGACGUCCUCUUGACUCAGACGCUGAUGGCUGCUGUCUUGUUACCAAUCUACCUUUCCAGACCAGAAUUGUUACAAUGCUUGUGCGCGAUUGCUCUGGACCUGACACUCAAGGACGGCACGAUUGCAGAAUCUGCUGCCUAUCCAAUUCUCAUGUACGGUGUCACGAUCACAUUUGCCGAGAUGUCUGCCAAAACACGCGCACAGGGUUACCAUUUUGGACAAGCGUCUGUCAAGGUUGUUGACCGUUCAACAGCCAUUGCGGUUUCACCCAUUGCACCGAAAGUCUACAAGGUUUUUUCUUCGCACAUAAGCUGGUGGAACGAACCAACAAGGGCAUGCUUGGUGUACUUUAAUUCUGCGAUCUCUACGGGUCUUCAAACAUUUGAUGUGGAAUACACUUGUUACGCUUGGACAGAGUCUUGCACAUACGCAUUUUGGGCUGGUGAGCCCUUGACAAGCGUUGUGAAACGUAUGUCUACGUAUAUGCCAUUAGUUCUGCGUUACAAGCAGCGAGCUGGCAUUUGGUACAUGGCGAUACAACUGCAAGCCUACGUCAAUUACUCGUCCGAAACAGCAGAUUGCUUUGAAAUUGAAGGCGACCACUUCUCCACCAAAAACGAGAUGGAAGCGCUGCUUGAAACGAAUUCACACCCUCAGAUUUUUGCGUUGUACCUUUACAAACUCAUGACGGCGACCUACUUUCAUGCGCCUCUUGCGACUGCGCUCGAGCAAUCCAGUGAGAUGGAGAAAUAUGCCCAUGGUACGCAAGGUGUGUGCUACAUCGCGAAAUGGUCAUUCCUCUUGUGCUCGUGUUUGGUGCGCUGGUACAAAUCCCUGUCGCCGACUUUGCUUGCUCUAUUCGAUUCGCACCUUUCGAGACUUCGGCAUUACAACACAGGAAUCAGCAGCACAUUCCAACACCAACUCCUCUUCAUCGAAGCCGAGCUUUUGCGGCAUGAGGGGCGUGAUCUUGAUGCACUCGAGAAGUGGGAGUCCGCUUAUGAAGCUGCACUAGAAGUUGGUAAUGUGCAUGAGGCAGCCCAUAUUGCUGAGCGGUUGUGGCGUUGGCUCGAAGUCAAAAACAAGAAAAUUGCCUUGCGUCACCUCUACAAUGCGUAUGAUGGGUUCCGUGUAGCAGGCUUUCGUGCCAAAGCACGACAUCUUGAGUCGCUCUAUCCCGACUUGUUCACAGCUGAUACAAGGGAACGAGCUGUUGAUCACCUCGAACCCUUCCGUCAUGUCAAUAUGCAAUACAAUCGUGAUGGGACACUCGGGAAAGUGGAUCCAGAAGCUUUGUCUGUUGACCAAGUUGACCCAAGCGAACGCAGUCUUAACGAAAGCAAGAGCAGCGUUCGCAAUAGACCUGCGGUCUUGGCUCGGCCUUCGAACGCUGAGAGCAGCAAUUUAAGCGCACCAGAGGGCCAGAAUUCUGGUAGUACCCAAUCGCAGUUGUCCAAGCGAAUCACACAUUCGACUCAAACAAGAUCCACAAAAGUGUCUGAACCGGGCAGCGAUCCACAUCGACGACCGGCCGACAUGGCAGAAUUCGACUUUGAUGUCGCCCUGAGGGCUAGUGUGCUUAUUGCUGAUGUCUUGCAAGUCUCAGAGGUAUUGACACGAUUGGUAGAGUCGGUACUUACCAACGCGGGAGCCGACUAUGGUGCUUUACUCUUGGUUGAUCAUGGGAGCCUCUACCUCGAAGCCCGUGGUCAAGGCAUGGCCGGCAGCUCCAAGGUUGACAUUAUCGAACAUGAACCGUUGCAACUACAUUCUGCCAUCGUUCCUUCUUCCCUUGUCAACUAUGUUGCUCGGCUUAGAGAAGCUACGGUGCUCGGGACUGGUCAAGAUCAUCGUUCAUUUCAAGCGAAGUUUGGACAAGAUCCUUACUUCAAAGGUCGUCGGCUUCGCUCCAUCAUGUGCAUGCCCAUCCAGACCAAUGUCAAGCUCAUCGGCAUCCUGUACCUGGAAAACAGUUUUACAGCGUAUGCCUUUGGCCCACGUCGCGUUGAGUUGCUCAACUUUCUGGCUUCGCAGGCUGCUAUAGCCAUUGAAAAGGCAAGACUCUAUUCUGACUUGGAAGUGGCAAAAGAUGCAGCACAGGCGUCAAAUCGCAUGAAAUCUGAAUUUUUGUCAACAAUCAGUCAUGAAAUCAGAACUCCCUUCAACGCAGUCCUAGGCAUGAGUGGAUUCCUUCUAGACACGCCACUCACGCCUAUGCAGACUGACUACGUGGAGACCAUCCGCAAUUCCUCAAAAGAGCUUUUGCGUGUGAUUGAUGACAUUCUGGACUUUUCCAAAAUGGAGCACGGCACGUUUGAAUUACACAAAGAGGAAUUUUCUUUGCGCGAAUGCAUUGAAGGCGCUUUGCAAAUUACGGCUGAACGAGCUGCCUCAAAGAAGCUCGAGCUGGCAUACUUCAAUGACCAUUUGGACUUUCCAGAUGUGCUUCUGAAUGAUGCGACACGGUUCCGGCAAGUGGUCAUCAAUCUACUGGGCAACAGCAUUAAGUUCACAGAAAAGGGUUCAGUCACCUGCAUGUCUAAUGCUACACUGCUGCGCGAACAAAGUGCACAAGGUCUGGCCUUGUACCGUGUACAAGUAAGUGUUUGCGACACUGGAAUUGGCAUCGCCGAGGAAGACCACAAGAAGCUUUUCAAGCUCUUUUCCCAAAUUGACUCGUCGCUACAACGCGCCUAUAGUGGGACCGGUUUGGGCCUGGCAAUCUCAGAAAAGCUUGUUCAUUUGAUGGACGGACAAAUCUGGUGCGAGUCUACAGUGGGAGAAGGCUCGACAUUUCACUUUACCAUUGUCACGGAAGUGAAGGCAGACAUCAAACCUCAGCCGCAUCCAGCUACACAGCGACUCACUGGUAAGCGUGCACUGAUCCUGGAUGACAGUGAGGUGGCCAUGCGUGCAUUGAGUGAAAGUCUUGAAUGGCUGGGCAUGCAAGUCACCAAAACGAGCGACAUCGAAGCAUUCAGAGAGGCGAUCCAGCAACCAUCUGGCACAUAUCAAGUCGCGCUUGUGGACCUCCACUACGGACUUGCAGAAUCAAUGCUGACCAUCCUGACCAAGCAUGACCCGCUUUGCAAAGUACUUCGUCUGUCUCGCUUUGGCGACCGCCAGGAAUUCGGAGGGCAUCUAUUUCUCAUCAAACCAGUCAAACGCAGGCGCUUGGCCAAGGUCGUGGCGGAACUACUCUAUCCCCAAGUCCGCGUGGCCACCACUCAGCCGAUACAUCAAGACAAGCUUAAUCCGGUCAAUAUGGGCGCAUGGCAUCCGUUGCGCAUUCUGCUUGCCGAAGACAACCUCAUCAAUGCUCGAGUUGCGAUGCAGCAUUUGAAGCGCAUGGGAUACGGCGACACGGUCCAUGUCAAGGAUGGCGAGUUGGCUGUUCAAGAGGAAAAUGCCAAUGCUUAUGACGUGAUAUUGAUGGACAUUCAAAUGCCUCGUCUCGAUGGCUAUGGCGCGACGAAGAUCAUUCGCGAAAAGUACGCUGCUUCUGGGAAGCAGGUUCCAACAAUCAUUGCACUGACGGCCAAUGCCAUGAAGGGUGAUCGUGAGAGGGCGAUAGAGGCCGGUAUGCAUGGAUAUUGUGCAAAACCAAUUAUUGCUGAUGUGCUGGCAGCCAGCUUGUUGGCAUGCCAACGGAUAUUAAAUUAGUAGACUAGACAGGUACUCUAAUGAGGUGACAAACAAGGUCAGUAGACCUGCAAUCACAAAGCAAGAGAUGCUGCUACCAAUCUCGAGCCAAGAACCUUCAUCCUUGACGUGCCAAAAGAAGACGAGCGUCGCUGCAUCGCAAAAUAUGAGAACCAUACUGAAAAUGGCAGACUUUUUGAUGUCUAGACGUUUGUUGAGGGCGCCCAAGUUUGCCGAUAGCACAAUGAACGGGACCAGAAGCUUGUAGAUUAAUAGCAGACCCAUGGCAAACGGAUUGAAGAUGGGCAACAGUCUGUAGACAGAGUCGAGGGUGAAUGCCGAAACGGAUGCAAUGUUGCCUGUGCUGAAAAAAGCAAUUUGAAUGAGGGCGUAAAAGUAAAAUGCAAUGCGCAAGUCCGACGGCUGUAAGGGUGAGCUACGCGGCACACACGACUCUAGCUGUGUC